CUUUUUAUUACACUAUAUCAAUACUUGAAAAUAAAAAUUAAUAAUAGCGUUUAACCGAAAUCGUUUAUUAUAUUAAAUGCUUGAGUCUGGUAACAUCGAAGCGAAUGUUAGAGAAACCAAACCAUAAACGAAAGCGCCUAUUUAAAUUACACCACAAAGGGAUGCGCAUUUCCUCAAAUUAAGCAUAGAUUAGUCGCAUAAAAAUAAAUAAAAACAGAAUGGAAGUUGUUGAAGUCUCACAAUGUAUGGAAGUGGCAAAUGCCACAAGUCUCGAACUAGAAGAUGAAGCCGGACCCAUUCCUUUAUUUAAAUUGGAGGGGAACGGAAUAACUAACAAUGACAUAAAGCGUCUUCAAGAAGCAGGAUUUUUUACAGUUGAAUCGAUAGCCUUUUCUCCCAAAAAGCAUUUAUUACAGAUUAAAGGCAUAAAUGAAGUAAAAGCUGAUAAGAUACUGAAAGAAGCCUCCAAACUGGUGCCAAUGGGUUUUACGACUGCUUCUAUAUUUCAUGAGAAGCGAUCACAAAUUAUAAUGUUGACAACAGGUUCUAAAGAAUUGGACAAAUUGUUGGGAGGCGGCAUUGAAACGGGUUCUAUAACUGAAAUGUUCGGGGAAUUUCGUUGCGGCAAAACUCAAUUAUGUCACACUUUAGCAGUUACAUGUCAAUUACCGAUAAGUCAAAAUGGUGGUGAAGGCAAAUGCAUAUAUAUCGACACUGAAGGCACGUUUCGACCAGAACGUCUCGCAGCUAUUGCGGAAAGAUAUAAUCUUGUCAAAGAAGAAGUUUUGGACAAUGUUGCCACAGCUCGAGCAUACAACACCGAUCAUCAAACACAACUUCUAACUCAAGUUGCUGCUAUGAUGGUUGAAUCAAGAUAUGCUUUGUUAAUUGUGGACAGUGCAACAGCUCUAUAUCGUACAGAUUAUGCAGGUCGUAGUGAAUUAGCUGCACGGCAGAUGCACUUAGCGCGUUUUUUGCGCUUACUCUUGCGACUAGCUGAUGAGUUCGGUGUUGCUGUUGUUAUUACUAAUCAAGUUGUAGCUACUGUUGAUGGUGGUGCUUCAAUGUUUGCCGCUGACCCAAAAAAACCUAUUGGUGGCAACAUUAUAGCACAUGCCUCAACAACACGUUUAUAUAUGCGGAAAGGACGUGGUGAAACAAGAAUAUGCAAAAUCUAUGAUUCACCAUGUUUGCCUGAAUCUGAAGCCAUGUUUGCUAUUUUACCUGAUGGAAUUGGAGACACAAAAGAAUAACAAUCGGAAAUGAUUCCUUUCUAGUUAGUAGGAAAUUAGUUAUAUAAGAUAUUAUAUGUAUAUAAUUGAGACAAUUGUGACGUGUCACAUUAUGACUUUUUAUUUUUUGAAGUAAUUCCUUAUUUGGUUAAUUAAUACGGAAUUAAUUAUACGAGCUUAUGUACAUUUUAUUAAGAAAAUGCUAACUUUUAUCGUUUAGUUAUAAUCUUUGAAUGAACAAAUUU